AGAGCUAAGUAAGGUCGUUAAGUGUCCAACGGUGCACUUCAGCAGCAGUUACGACAAAGCUCGAUGUUGUACCGCCAUGGUGCCUCCUGAGUUCUUCUGGUCAAAAGUUGCAGCCAAACGCGUUUUGUUCAAAAUCGACGAUGUGUUCCCGGGUACGCCAUGUUCACGUCGCCAGCUUCUUCGUUCAAUGUUAAAGAUCUCCUUUACUCAAUGGAACCAGCCGAUUCUCUGAUGGGAACAUCCCAUCCUUUGCCAUCGUACCAGAGUUGUUACCUCCCGCCUUCCUAUUCUCCGGGUCAAACGGCGCCGCAAAGUUGGAUACAGCCGCAAUUCGGAUGGCCGGCAUCGGAAUACAAGCACACACCGCCGAUACCUGCCGAGGAAUCUUUACCGCAGCAUGACAUGCCCCUCGAGAGACUCGAGCCACCUGCUCAUGAGAACAUCGGACAGUCUAUCAAAGAAGAAGUAGAAGACGAAACUCAGCACCAUAGAAAGACGAAAAGGAAACCACGAAUUCUGUUCACUCAAACGCAAGUCUAUCAACUCGAGCAACGAUUCAAGGAUCAGAAAUAUCUCACGGCGCAGGAACGCGAACUGCUGGCUCAAACACUAAAACUCAGCUCCACACAAGUGAAAAUAUGGUUUCAGAACCGACGGUACAAGAGCAAAAAGCAGCGUGAGAGUCAGCAAGUCGCUUCGGGACGACAGCAAUUCCCGAGGAAGGUGACGACCUCCAUCAUCGUACAAGAUGGACGUCCAGCGUCGACCGGAACAGCGCGGCCAGAAUACGGCUACUCGGAAUUCGGUCAUCUCCCAGUUCCUGCAUUCCAUUUGGAAGCUCCUUUCAACGAUCGGUGGGCUCCGCAACCCUCAACCUCUCAGCGACCUCUGUUCCAGCAGGAGUACGCGCCGCAUUUUGUGGCAAUGGAGAGCCUCCCUCCUCAGAGUGCGGAUCUAUAAUAGAUCCACGAGUAGCUUGAAUUGGGGUCGACUCAAGGAAUCUUCCCCACUUUGCCUAGAAAUCCUAGAAGUGUACAUAGAGCGAGGCCUCAACGUGGCACGAAUGCCCGAUCAAAUUCUCAGAUACUCUCACCUGGCUCGAUCUUGAGGGGUGAGUGUGGACCCAACUCGAUGCGUUGAGUGAUCAAGCCGAGACGAACACAUGUCGAGGGUUCGCGCAGGGAUUUGCAUUUAUGUUUUAGUUCAUUUACCGGAAUGAUCGUUUAUAUACACACAAGAAGAGGAUACCCCCGAUGGCUGGGGGAUGCAGUUGCAACCAAAGAUUUGUACAGACUAAUGCGAGGGGUCAUCCGUCCGUAUCUUGUAAACAGAGAAUUCAGACCUCGGUCCGGUAGUGAAAAUUUCCGACUUUCUUACCAUUCAUGAUCAUUCAUCUUCGUUGGACGGACCCGUGUACUUCAGAGCCUCAAGCUGACAGAGGAUUCGGGGAAGCUCCUGAUAGAGAUCUCAUUAUUCCCCGAGCUUCUGCCCCGCAUCACUUCAAUAAUAUAUUUCGCCGCCGACUGUCAUGAAGCUCCAUAUCAGUUUGCUGGAUUAUCCCCGGAAGUUCAUACUAGAGAGCUAUAAUUAUAGAGCGUUUGAGAUUGAGCAUUUCGAGCAAUAAAUAAGGACAGGAUGA